AUGGAUUACCUUCGACACACGCGCCCGGGGUUCCCGAGCGGGCUCGAGGUGGUGGUGGUGAGCGAAGCGGGCGCGCAUCUGGAAGCGGCGGUGAAGAUGCUCGAGGGGGCGUCGUAUAGGGUGACGACGAUGCGAGGGAUGGAGGAGGCGGCGCAGUCGCUGACGCGAGAGCCGGCGCCGAGACGAGACGUGAUGCUGGUGGAGGCGAAGAUGCUGCGAUCGUGCCUGGAAAAUCCGCACUCGAGGUGCGCGCGGAUGUUUCCGAUCGUGGCGAAGAAGGUGGCGAUCGUUGUGUUGCAGACGGAUGAUAGCGACGCGGCGGAGCGGGAGUUUAUCGUCCAGGCGAUUUCGAUGGGGGUGGUGGACGUGAUUCGAUAUCCGCUCGUGAAGCAGAAUACGGCCAAUUUGUGGCAGCAUACGGUUCGGAAGAUGAUCAAGGAGAAGGACGACCCCGAGGUUUUAGAGACGCUGAAGCGAUCGUCGAGCGCGACGAAUGUGCACAACUUUACGAAGCCGUUUUGCCGCGGCAUGAACGUGCUCGACGCCGUGGCGUACGGUGAGGCGCAGUUGCGUUCGCCGACGCCACCGAUGAGUCUGGAUGCGAUGAACGCACGUCAAGCGAUGCUACUAGCCGAGACAGAGACGCGUAAGGUGCGCGAAACGUCGAUGAACGCGGCGUCAAAGUUGAAAACGAAGAGCGCAAAGCUCAAGCGCGCGCCCGCCGCGGCCGCGAAGAAGCAGACGGGAGCGACCGCGGUCGCGUACCAACGCGCUUUCGACCAAAUGCUGGGCACGUCACCAGACGAGUUACAGUUCUUCCACGGCAAUACUAUGAAUCGCGCGUUGAGCAUGCCUGACAUGCGGGAACUCCCGCUUGGAUUGCGACUCAACUACACGGACAGUUUCACAAAAAAUCUCAAUCAGCUCGAGUGUGUGGUGGACUCGAACGCGUUGCGAGCGGCGACGCAGGUAAACUACGACGAAGGCACGUACCCAAGUACGUUGUCUGAUCGAUCGAUGAGCACCGGUAACGGCGACGAUAUGGAUGCUCUCGACUACGUGUUGAUGAAUUCGAGCGAGUUUGGCGGUCCGGAUGACGGAACGUUGUUCACUUCGUUCUCGUGA